GCCGGGGUGGCGCGAUGCCGGGGGCUGGGGAGCCUGGCGUCGCGGAAGCGCCUGUGGAGCGGCGUAAGGAGGGAGCGCGCCGGCGGUGCGGGCCCGGCCCGGCGCCUCGCGGAAAUGAGCGGCGAGCGGGAGGAGCGGCCGUGGCGGACGAGCCGCCUGCGGGGCGCCCCCGAUGGGGCCGCGGCGCCCGGAGGGCCUGGCGAGCGGCGAGCCGAGGCGGCGGCAGCGGCGGUUACCUCUGAGCGGUUCCGGGUGCAGCGGCCGGCAGGGCAGAGGGUCCCCCAAAGCCAGGAUAGGUUUCAAGGGUGGAUGACUGAACCUAUCAGCCUUUCUGCGGGUGCAGAUGAGAUGCAGAAAAAAGAUACUAUGUCGAUAAAGUUGAUGAAGCAUGCAAAGGAAGUUGAUGCUUCUUGUAAUGAGCUUGGUUCAGAAAGUGUGCAUACUGACUGGAAAGAGCAAUCUACAUCAGAAAUAAGAGAAGAAUAUGUACACAGAAGCACCGGAAAACUUGAACAGAUGGAUACGGUUAAAUCACUUAUGGCAGAUCAGGAUGCCUAUAGAGACUGUGAAGUAAACUUAUCUUUGUCUAGUAAUCCUUCAGCAAUGGAGUCAUCUAUGGACAGUGAGGAGGACAUGUAUCGUGAUGCAGAAGAAAUAGAGAGAGAGAAAAUAUUACUUGUUUGUGAGGUGGGCUCUUCAGAAUGUAAACUAAGUGUUGCACCUGAAAUGGACAUCAUGGAGUACUGCAUAAAAGAAUGGAGAGGAAAUACACCAGUAGCAAAAAGGAUGAAAAAGGGAUAUGAAGCAGUUUCUCAAAAAUUUGCAUCCAUAAGGAGAGUACGGGGUGAUAACUACUGUGCUCUCAGAGCAACUCUGUUCCAGGCGCUAAGCCAAGCAACUCAGUUACCGAACUGGCUGCAGAGUGAGGACUUUACUAUGCUUCCUGAAAAGUUGUUGAGCAAAUAUGACUGGAUCAAGCAGUGGCAGCUAAAACAAAAACUGUGCAGGAAGAUGGGAGAAAUCAGUGAUGAAAUUAAAGAAUAUUUAAUACUAUUAAGGAAAAAGUGGAAGAAUAUCAGUGAAAUCAAGGCUCCUAAUGAGAAACAAGAAGCUUGUGAUGAAUUGUUUAAAAACGAAGAGGAGGAGUACAGUCUAUAUGAAGCUCUGAAAUUUUUGAUGCUCAGCACGGCCAUUGAAUUGUACAAUGAUGAUAAAAAUGGAAGGAAGGUUCCUGUCUUCUCGUGGUUACUGUUUGCACGGGAUACAUCUAGUAACCCUUGUCAGUUAAUGCAUAAUCACUUGAAUCAAAUUGGUCACAGUGGCGGCCUUGAACAAGUGGAAAUGUUUCUCCUUGCUUAUGCUCUGCAGUACACCAUCCAAGUUUACCGAUUGUAUAAAUACAGUACUGAUGAAUUCAUCACGCUUUAUCCAAAUGACCCAGAGGAGGACUGGCCUGUGGUGACUCUCAUAACUGAAGAUGACAGACAUUAUAAUAUUCCAGUCAGAAUGUGCCAAGAGACUAUGUUGUAAACAAGUGAUUUUGACAGCCAGAUUUGUGCUGUUUAUUGAGAUUUCCAGUGCCAUUUUGAGAUGGGAUGAUGAUAUGUUGUUAAGUCUACAGCAACUUGAAAUUCGUGUUUCAGAAGCUUACAUCUGAACUAAAAUACUGAACAAAUCUUAAAGAGUAAUUGAAUAGGAAUUUUGCAAAUAUGCCUUUUUGUUGCCUGUAAAUUAUUAUUUUUUUUUAUUUUGUGGAGACUUAAAGUUUCCAUUUCUGAAGGGAAUACAAAAAUUACGGAUUCUCUUCUUAAGGUAGGUCAGGUUCUAUUGCAAGAGGUGAGCUGAUCUUCUGCUCUUAGAACUAAUUUGAUAAUGAUGAAUUGAAGUUUCUGGAAAAGUUAAGUGUCCCGAUUGAUUUUUUUUUUUUUUCUUUAUAUAUUGUUUUUUAGAAGCAAUUUAUAUGACUGGAUCUUAGGAAGUGAUGUAAUUCUUCUGCAAUUGUAGCAUAAAACCAUGACAGAGAUUAACUUCCAAGAGAAAUGUUUGUUAAAAGUUUCCUAAUACUUUGGGGGCUAUUCAGACAUGAAUAUCUUUUAUUUGGAAACAAAGCAGGUGUUACAUUGAAAAUGACAAGCAUUUUUACCCCUUUCAGCUUCUUGAGAGGGCUGUGGCAGAGGGACUUGAUAAUGGGGGAAUAUAAAAGUUCUUUGUUAAUAGAUCACAAAUUUGAAACCUACCUGGAAUUCUCUCUUCAUUUGUGACAGCUGGUAUGAAAUAAGCAUGUGCCAUUUACUUCCAUGGUUGUUAUUACUUGUUAUUAUAAUGUUAAUCCUUUCAGGUAGCCACUAUGGAGUACUAAAGAUCUGAGUCUAUGCAGACGUUGCAGUAGGUGGAAAUAAAUUUAUUGUGUAAAUUGAUCUUUCUGCAUGUGACACUCCUCGUGGUAGGUUCUAUGUGGCUAUUUAGAAUUAUUAAAUAUACUUUAAAUUGAAGGAAUGCGUAAUAUGUCAGAUGUUGGCAGUGCUGGCAUAGCUUAAAAAAAAAAGGAAACCUGUACUUUUAGCUUAAAGGGGUAAUGUGCUCUAAAGAUGAUUCUCAGAUCAAGAGAGUGAGAUGUGAUUUAAAUGAAAUAUCAACCAGGCACAGAACACCUGACUCCCUCAAAAGGCCUUCUUACACAAAAGAGAUGAGGCUAUAAAAGCUACUUUUCCUUCAAAUCUUGAAGGAAAUAGAAUGCAGAAUUGCAAAUUCUCCUGUUCCGUUUAAAAUGAACUUACAAAAUUUUUUUAUUAUGAAAGACUAUUACACAAAAAGGAUGUGUAUUCACUACAUUGUAAAAUGUGUUUUAGCCACAUCUUGAUGAGACCUAUCAUCUACUCUUUAAGUGUGGUAUUUAUCAUGUUAUCUUCAGCUUUUAAAGUGACUACCUUGUCUAUGAUAUUGAAAAGGUUCUGGGAGCCACAGAGAAAGAAUAAUAAAUUAGCUAAUCUUACA